CACAGUAUAAAUAAGCCCACGAUGCUCCUCGGAAACUCAUCAAAACUCAAUCAUCAUCUCUCACGAGCUCAAGAACUCACUCUCUCUCUCUUUCUCUGUCCCUCCCGUUUUCCUAUACAUUCGCAGCGUCGCAUUCAUCCUCGUGAAGUCGAGUUCUCUUCGCAUUUCACCUUCCAUUGUCGAGAUAGUAAGGACUAUCGAUUCCGAGUAGGUCGGCGUGUUUGAGCAUCGCCAGCUUGUGCUUCUCUGCCAAUGGAUAGGGUCAAUAGAAUGGUGUCGGAGAGGCCGGUGGUGAUCUUCAGCAAGAGCACGUGCUGCAUGUGCCACACCGUCAAGAUGCUCUUCCGCGAGUUCGGGGUCAACCCGAUGGUCCACGAGCUGGACGAGAUGCCUAGGGGGAGGGAGAUAGAGCAGGCCCUCUCGAGGCUGGGCCGCAGCCCGACCGUGCCCGUCGUGUUCAUCAGCGGCGAACUGGUGGGGGGGACCAAUGAGGUCAUGAGCCUCCACCUCAAUCGGUCCCUGAUCCCGAGGCUCAUACAAGCUGGGGCUAUGUGGGUCUGAUCGACUUAAACAAACCGCGAGGAGGAUACUAAUAAGUGUGAUUUCGAGCCACACUAGUUUUGAGGAUAAUAUAACUUAUCAAAUGCACUACUAGUUGGGUUACGGACUCUUUAUCGUCGCUAUGUACUGACUUUCAUAUGAUAUAAUCCUAUAUCCAUCACUUGUGAGAUUCUGUUUUGCUGUAACGAGUGCUGUCUAGCUAAUAAAAUCAAGUUUGAACUUACAUUUUGGAUA